AGGGAGGGGACGAUCGCCUUUCAAGAUUGCGACUACAGUUUUUUAAUUCCAGAAACCGCAUUCGCUGAGCCGUUGUGGUAGUUUACCUGAGUAUUCACGGUUCGAUUUCAUUCAUUUGACUCGGGAGGCAGUCGUUCGUCCUGUUUAAGUUUUUGAGGCAAAGUGUAGACUACAUCGCGUCGCUUCAAGAGCACAGCACAGUUUUGUUAAAAGCUACUGUACAUUUUUAUUUUCGCACAAUUGCUCGUAUUUUAUGUCUGAUUUGUUCGGUUUCUGUGCAACUACCGCCAGAGUAAAAUGAUCGAGAGACCAGAUUCUGCAGUUCCCAGCAUAGCACAGAGGAAUCUGGAGGGGUAUGUCGGCUUCGCCAACCUCCCCAGCCAGGUUUACAGGAAGUCCGUGAAGAGGGGUUUCGAGUUCACGCUGAUGGUUGUCGGUGAGUCUGGUUUGGGGAAGUCCACUCUCAUCAACUCUCUCUUCCUGACUGAGCUCUACUCCAAGGAUUACCCCGGGCCCUCCCAGCGCAUAAAGAAAACUGUGCAGGUGGAGCAGUCCAGAGUGCUGGUGAAAGAGGGCGGAGUCCAGCUCACCCUCACCAUAGUGGACACGCCAGGGUUUGGGGACGCAGUCGACAACAGUAACUGCUGGCAGCCUGUCAUUAACUUCAUUGACAGUAAGUGUGAGGACUUCCUGAAUGCAGAGUCCAGGGUGAACCGUAGGCUGAUGCCCGAUAACAGGGUGCACUGCUGCCUGUACUUCAUCGCCCCCUCUGGCCACGGGCUGAAGCCGCUGGACAUCGAGUUCAUGAAGCGUCUGCACGACAAGGUCAACGUCAUCCCCCUCAUCGCCAAGGCCGACACCCUCACCCCCGAGGAGUGCCAGCUCUUCAAAAAACAGAUAAUGAAGGAGAUCCAGGAGCACCAGAUUAAGAUCUAUGAGUUUCCUGAUGUGGAGGACGAUGAGGACAACAAGCUGAUCCGCAAAAUCAAGGAGAAAAUGCCCCUGGCGGUGGUCGGCAGCAACGUGGUGAUUGAGGUGAACGGGCGGAAGGUCAGAGGUCGUCAGUACCCCUGGGGUGUGGCAGAAGUGGAGAAUGGAGAACACUGUGACUUCACCAUCUUGAGGAACAUGCUGAUCAGGACCCACAUGCAGGACCUGAAGGACAUGACUAACAAUGUUCACUACGAAAACUACCGCAGCAGGAAGCUGGCCGCGGUCACUUGCAACGGAGUGGACAUAACCAAGGCCAGGGGUCAGCUGACCAAGAGCCCGCUGGCGCAGAUGGAGGAGGAGAGGCGGGAACAUGUGAUGAAGAUGAAGAAGAUGGAGACGGAGAUGGAGCAGGUGUUUGAGAUGAAGGUCAAGGAGAAGAAGCAAAAACUGAAGGAUUCUGAAGCAGAGUUGGAGAGGCGUCAUGAGCAGAUGAAGAAGACUCUGGAGGCGCAGUACAAGGAGCUGGAGGAGAAGAGGAAGCUGUUUGAGGAGGAGAGAUCCAACUGGGAGGCACAGCAGCGCAUACUAGAGCAACAGAAACUGGAAGCCUCAAAGACCAUGGAAAAGAACAAGAAGAAAGGGAAAAUCUUUUGAGCCCUUGUGCUGAUCUCCUUGCACUACACACGUGCACACACACAAAUGCACACACACACACACACACAUGAACAAGCACACACACACACACACACACAGUGUGUUUGACAAAAAGGGACUGUUUUCUCUUCUGUGUGUGAAGUUAAUGUAAUGAUAUUGAGAUGCUGUAAACAAGGGCGAUAUUGAUAUUGAGAUGCUGCUCUAUCUUUUAGAUACAUACAGAGAGGACUGUUAGAGCACACACACACAUACACACACAAUCUCUCUGUCUUUCUCUGUCUCACUCACAGGCAUACACACACACGCACAAUCUCUCUGUCUUUCUCUGUCUCACUCACAGGCAUACACACA